AUGUCCAUGCUAGUCCGCCCUCCGAAGAGAAAGCUCACCGAGACCCUCGACGAUGGCCCUCGGAAACACAUCCUGAACUCCCCCACGUCGUUGUCACGACCCCCUUCCCGUCGGUUGAGUGAGCACCGGGACGAAUCCCGAGAUUCAUCCUCCCGGCCGCCCUCUCUCAGAGACUUGCAUUCCAACCGUGGAUCCCCGGUGCUGGUCGAAAAUGGCCACCUGCAGACUCCCCGGACGUUCAGCCCCAAAGCAUCCAUUGUUCUGAUUGGAAUCCGAGGUACUGGAAAAUCUAGUUUGGCUGUCAUCCUUGCAGCAACAUCUGGAAGGCGUCUCAUCGAUGCCGACCGCUACUUCCAUCAGAGCGUCGGAUGCCCUCGCGCAGUGUUUAAAAAGGAAAACGAUGGACUCGUCUAUCGCCAGCAGGAAGCUCGGGUCUUCGAAUCGAUGCUGGCGGAUAACCAGGAAGGCUGCGUGAUAGUCUGCGGGGCUGGCUCGAUGGAGAGGAACGGCCAAAGACUGCUCAGAGAAUAUGCGCAGACACACCCAGUCAUCCAUGUGAUUCGAGAUCCAGAGAGUAUUCAAUUGUACUUGAAAGCAUGGGAUACACAAAAGGUCCGACACUUCCUGGACUUGUCCGGACCGAUAUACCGCGGAUGUUCCAAUUUGGAAUUUUUCAACCUGUCGGAGACUCGAAGCGACUUGACCGCGGAAAGUGAGGAGUCGCCAGCACACAGAACGGAACCCAGAUCACAUACGUCGAUACCGUUCCUCACACUAAAACGAGUCCAGCGAGAUUUUCUGCGAUUCAUUGCUUUCAUAACCGGGGACAUCGCGGAACUCAAUAGCCAGCAUGCAUCCUUUCCGCUGUCGCUGUUACCGGUGGAAUCCCGAAACUACACAACCGCAGUCUCGGUGCCGUUCUCCAGGGUCGGCGAACAGGGCAUAGACAUCGAGGAGUUAGAGUUCAGUGCUGAUGCCUUUGAGCUAGCCAUCGAUGUGACGGAUUCCUCUGGUCAGCCGGGCCUUGACUCAAGUCUUGCGGACAGCAUCAGCCAGGCGAUUGCAACCAUUCGCCGCAACAUCAUUGUGCCUUUAAUAUAUCACGUGGAAAGCUACACUCCCGCUGGCACUCGUUCCCCUAGCCAGGCCCCCAUACGCAGCUCGGAUGAGACUUACUUGAACCUCGUGCGGCACGGGCUGCGGUUGUCUACGGGGUUCUUGACCGUAGAUCUCUCUCGUGAUGAUCACAUUCUCUCACAGAUCAUCUCUGCGAGCGGACGAACAAGAAUUAUUGGGCAUUUUGAAGCCUUCCAACCUCUCCCUGGUGGCUGGGAUGGAGAUGGCUAUAUGAAGGUCUAUGAAAGGGCCAGGAGAUUAGGCUGCGAUAUCGUGCGCCUCUGCCAACCAGCCGAGACACCAGAAGACAAUAUCGCUGUGCAAAGAUUCCGCCAUCGAGUCCACAGUCUGCCCGUCACCCCUCUCUCUUUAGUAGCAUACAAUACAGGUCCGCUGGGGCGCACGUCUCGCUGCUUCAACCCCGUUCUCUCCCCAGUCACACAUCCUUCUCUGGUGACGGAAAGCCGCACCCACUUGCGAUCAUGGAUCACAGCGCGUGAGGUCCAGCAGUCUCUCUACAGUUCCUUCGCCUUGGAUCCCAUGCAAUUCUUCGUCUUCGGUGCCAAUACCACCUAUAGUAUGUCUCCGGCAAUGCACAACACUGCCUUCAAAAUCUGCGGUUUGCCGCACAAUUAUUCUAUCCACCAAUCACCUACUUUACGGGGCCUCAACGAUCUGGUCGAGAAUCAAUACUUUGGGGGAUCCAGUGUCAGUCUGCCCUACAAAACUGAAUGUAUUCCUCUUCUCCACUCGAUGUCUACCCACGCUCGCGCCAUCGGUGCCAUCAAUACCCUUAUCCCGAUUCGCAACGUUCGAGAUCUUGACAACGUCCAAUUACAAGAGUCCUCCGUCUUCCUUGAAAAGUGUCGCGCGGGUCCUAUCAAGGGUCUCCACGGUGACAACACCGACUGGAUCGGAAUCUGCAACUGUAUUCGCCGUGGACUCUCUCCCGCCAACGCAGUGCGCGCAUCCACCACCGGCCUGGUCAUUGGCUCUGGUGGAAUGGCCCGCGCCGCAAUCUACUCCAUGAUCCAUCUCGGCGUCCAGCAUAUCUUCGUUUACAACCGCACGCUGGCCAACGCCGAGCGGCUAGCCCACCACUACAACCGACAAGAUCUUCAUUCCAAGGAGGCCAGCGGGUCUGGCCGUCCUACAGUCCGUAUUCUGGAGUCUCUGUCAGAUUCCUGGCCUGCCGACUUCAAACAACCCACCAUCGUCGUCUCGGGUAUUCCCGCUCACAGCAUUGGCGGCGAGCCCGCACCUAACUUCCAAAUGCCCUCUCAGUGGCAGGAGAGCGCUACAGGUGGUGUUGUUGUUGAAUUGGCAUACAAACCCCUCAACACUCCUCUCAUGAAACAAACCCGAUCCCUCUCGCACCGCGGCUGGGUAGCCUUGGAUGGUCUCGAUGUUCUUCCAGAGCAAGGCUUUGCGCAAUUUGAAUUGUUCACUGGCCGUCGCGCCCCACGACGGGUAAUGCGAAGUAUCGUACUCCAGGAGUACAAAGACGACGAAGGAAAUGACGAUCAUGACGCAAUCCAGGAUAGGUUGCAGCAGAUGGAUGGACAGCCAUCUUGA